AGUUUUAACCACAAACAACAUAAGCAGAGCAAUAGUCAGCAUCAACUCCCCAUAUAUGUUAAGUCCAUUAAUAAAUGACCAUCUCUGUUUUCCAAACUACACCAUUAAAUGCCAUAGCUGCCACUGCACUUAUUCCACCCACCCACCCUUUCACUCCCCCUAAACCCCUUCCCCUUCCUUCUCAUGGACUUUAUCACCCUUCCCUUUUUCCCUUCUCAAUGUCCACCACUUCCUCCUCCCUCCUCCGCCGCCAACCACCACCACCACCACCUAUAACCUACCCCCCACCUAUCUCCAACUACUCCCUUUCUCAAAACCUCAGUACCAUCGGCCUCGGUUACGCAAUCGCCAUAGCACUCGGUUUUCUCGUUCUCCUCUCCACUGUACUCCUCGCUUCCUACAUCUGCUGCCGAUCCGCCGCCGCUCGCCGUCGCCGCCGUCAACUCCGAGCAAAUUCACGAAACCCCAACAGCAACCACAACAACGCGGAAAAUGGAAUUUACCUCCCUCGGAUCAUAUUCGUAGCGGAAGACGAUGAAGAAAACGACGAAGGUUUGUCGCAAAACGCAACGUUGGGGCUUGAUCAAGUCGUUAUCAACUCCUACCCGAAGUUGGUUUACUCCAAAAGAAACGGAAACGGAAGUGGGAACGAUGUCGUUUGUCCGAUAUGCUUGUGUGAAUAUAGAGACGGAGAAAUGCUGAGGAUGAUGCCGGACUGUAAGCAUUAUUUUCAUGUUAUGUGUUUAGACGCCUGGUUAAAAUUGAAUGCUUCGUGCCCAGUUUGCCGGAAUUCGCCGUUGCCGACGCCGUUAUCUACGCCGUUGUCGGAGGUGGUGCCUCUUUCUCAGUACUCCGAUGGCCGGCGAAGGCUAUGAUUAUUUGGAAGUGUAAAAACAGUUUUAGUUUGGUAAAAUGAGUCACCUUUGGAGCUUAAAGUUUUCAUUUUUGCCCUUUUUCACUAUUAGGGUAAAAUUAUGGUGGUUGGAGAGGUGGAAUUUGCUUUGGUGUUGUGAUUUUUGUGAUUAUUUUUAAUUGAUGAUUACACAGAAUGGAUGAUUGAAAAUAUCAAGCAAAACAAUCUGGGAAAUUCCAGUGGCAUCAAGUUUCAAUUUUGAUUUUUAAAUUCAUGUGAGAGGGUGAAAUUAAGCUCUAUGUAAUCUAAUUCAUUUGCUCAAAGUAUUUUCUAAUCCUAACAUCACUUGAAUUUAGGUCA